AUGAAUUUCAUGUCAUUCUUGGACCCGGACAAAAUGGGAAGAAUGGUACAGCUUGCCCAGGAUUUGACAAGGGCAGCAGCUGGUGGAAUGGCUGAGGGAGAGCGUGAAUCUAUACAACGCGCAGCUCAAGUCGAACCUGUCAGUCUCAACGCUCCGCCUUCGGAACUUUUCGCCCAAGGCCUCCAAAACAUCAUGCUGCCCGCGAGACAAGGCCUCUACAAAGCGGUAAAUGAACCACUAUCCCUAUUACCUACAACGACAUCGACAACAACCACAACCACUACCACUCAACCACCAUUCACAUUCCCCACCUUUGCCCCUUUCCCGAAUCCAUUUACGAAACAGAACCCGCCUAAAAAAGUGCGACAAAUGCCACCGAAAGCCAAACAAGGAGCAAAAGUCAUCAAGAGAAAUCCGACGAGACGUGCCCCUCCAAAACGUGUUCAGCAUCCUGUUCUACCUGUCGAAGAUGACGAAGAUCUAUCCGAUUAUUCCGAUGUUUCUGACUAUUCAGAUGAUGAAGACUUGGAAAAUGAAAUUGAAGAUUAUCGAGGGAGCGACGAGCUGAAAGGGCCCCCAAAACGUCCCAAGAGGAAACAGGGCAAGCCUGGACGCGUCGCUAGAAAGUCCAUUUUUAAAACGACACCAACCACAACCGCGACUACAACAACCACUAGAUCCCCGCCAAUUGAACCAGCAAUCGAUUCAAGCCCAGAUUCCGCCUAUAUCGAACAAAAUCCCUUUAUAAAAUUGGCGGCGACUUUCUUACGAGGAGCCACUGGAUCUGGCACCAGCAAUUCUGACGCUGGAGCCGAGGUGAGGCCAACGUUUCGUACCCCAGCCAGGGCCCAAGCCGCCCCAACAGCAGAUAUGAGUGGAUUGCGAGCUAUGGCGCGAGCUUUUAUGGGCCCCGAUUCGGCACCCAGCCAACCAACGCUGGAAACCAGCGGGAUCCCUCGAUCCGAACCGACCACCGGAAGUCAAGCUGAACUUGGUGUGCUAAACCUUAACAACAUGGCUCGUCUUGCUCGCGCUUUCAUGGGUGGGUCGGAGGGUCGGCCAGCGGCAGGAGGAGCACGAACCUAUGCUCCGGAAGCGGUCAGCGAACCGGAGCCGGUGAUCCCUGCCAGCGAGUCGCGAGCGCUGGGUGUACCCGUUACGCCGGUUAAGGGCAGCGAAAUUAGUCCCGGUGCCGCAAAUAUGCAGACGUUGUCUCGACUGGCUCAAGUAUUCCUGGGAAGCGGAAACGAACGACCUGCCGCUGAAUCAGCCAGAUAUUUGGUGCAACCACAAGCUCAGGGUGUAGCAACAGCCACUUCUGAGCAGCGGGCAAUUGAUGGCUUCAGAAAUGUAGCCCAAGCUUUCAUGGGAGGUGCUAGAUCGGCAGCUACUGAAGCGGAGGCGGCUCCCGCGGCUGCUCGACAGCCAUAUGGUUUGCCGACAAUUCGUGAUUUCCUGCCGGGAGCCGGCAAUAAUUUUGGUCUACGGAAAGGGGAAGGUUGCCUUCCAUUCCUCUCUGAAGCCAUGCAAUUGGUAUACGGUAAUUGCCAACGUGAGGCCGAUCAGAAGGCGUUUGACGCUUGGGGUACCGAGAUCAAAUCGGCGCUUCUUGAGGGGCGAAUGGAUUUGUUGAGGGCUAGUAAGGAAACAUGCAAGCGCACCGUGGAAAGGCAGCAGUGUGGUGCUCUGAGGGAAGCUAUCUCAAAUUGUGAUAUUAUGGGUUCACUAAAGAUCAGCUCCCAAUUACAACGCGAAGUAAAGCGUUGCGAUGAAGUGAAUGGGCUAGUAGACCAGAAUCCGAUGGCCGUUAUUGGACAAGUCAGCCAGCUGAUGACCGGCGAAGUUGCCCAAGGCUUCUUCAGCAAUUUCCUCAAAGGA